CUCUCCUCUUGAUUAUUAUUUUGCCUGUUUCGGAACCCUUCUCAGGUGGCUUUUACAGGUCCUCUGCAGAUCAGCCUUUAUGACGCCCCCUCCCCAAAUCUAUUCCAUUUCCCUUCGGAUUCAGUGCUUCAAUUCUGAAUUACUCUUACUCCUAUAUAAAUAAUCUCUAUUUAUACAUCCACCAUAACUAUCAAGUUCUUGUGCAUGUUUUUAGCAUAUUCAAUUUUGAAAUCAAAAUAUAUAUGAUGAUGUUGGGAGUGGAAGAGAUUCUGUGUGAGGUUGAGAGAGAUGAUGAGCAAGGCAGCCUCCCUCCUGGCUUCAGAUUCCACCCCACCGAUGAAGAGCUCAUCACCUUCUACUUAGCUUCCAAGGUCUUCAACGGCAGCUUCUGCGGCGUCCACAUCGCUGAAGUCGACCUCAACCGAUGCGAGCCGUGGGAGCUUCCUGAUGCGGCGAAAAUGGGGGAGAGGGAGUGGUAUUUCUUCAGCUUGAGAGACCGGAAGUACCCGAGCGGGCUGCGAACAAACCGGGCGACCGGCGCUGGCUAUUGGAAGGCAACGGGGAAAGAUAGGGAGGUGGUGAGCGGUGCGAAUGGGGGCCUUCUUGGGAUGAAGAAAACCCUAGUUUUUUACAAAGGCAGAGCCCCCCGAGGGGAGAAGACCAAGUGGGUCAUGCACGAGUACCGCCUCGACGGCGACUUCUCCUGCCGCCACACCGCCAAGAAUUUUCCACAAGGCAGCUGAGAAGAAGAGCUUGGUGCAAGGCCAGA